UCCGCCAGAGCCGCCACAGCCAUGCUCCAGCCGCGCUCCCCGUCCUGCAGCCCUACGCUGCCUCUCCUCCUGCGCCCCUGACCCUGCACAGAUCACAGCCAUGAAGAGGCAGAACGUGCGGACACUCGCCCUCAUCGGCUGCACUUUUUUCUACCUGAUCGUGGGCGCCGUUAUCUUUAAAGCUCUGGAGUCCGGUGAGGAGACAAUCCAGAAGGAAAUGCUGGACAUGAAGAAGAUUAACCUGCUCGACAGAUUGAACCUCUCCAAAGAGGGCUUUGACGAGCUGGAGGAGGUUGUUCUGGAACUGAAACCGCACAAAGCCGGCGUGCAAUGGAAAUUCGCAGGUUCCUUUUAUUUCGCCAUCACGGUGAUAACGACCAUAGGAUAUGGCCAUGCAGCCCCCAGCACAGAUACGGGGAAGGUAUUUUGCAUGCUCUACGCCCUCCUAGGCAUCCCCCUCACUUUGGUCAUGUUCCAGAGUGUUGGUGAGCGGAUCAACACCUUUGUCAGAUACCUGCUCCACCGCCUAAAGAAGUGCCUUGGAAUGAGGCACACUGAAGUCUCCAUGGUCAACAUGGUGACCAUUGGUUUCAUAUCCUGCAUGAGUACACUAUGUGUCGGGGCGAUGGCCUUCACCCACUUUGAGGAGUGGAGCUUUUUGCAUGCGUUCUAUUACUGCUUCAUCACCCUAACCACCAUUGGGUUUGGGGACUAUGUGGCAUUACAGAAUAAGCAAGCCCUGCAAAAUAAGCCAGAGUAUGUGGCCUUCAGCUUUAUCUACAUCCUGACAGGCCUGGCGGUGAUCGGAGCCUUCCUCAACUUAGCCGUGCUGAGAUUCAUGACAAUGAAUGCUGAGGAUGAGAAAAGGGACGCUGAGCAGCGGGCUCUUCUUGCCCAUAAUGGUCAGAUGGGUGGUCACAUCAACUGCUUUGUAGAUCCGGCCUCCCCGUCUUCAACGCCACCUAUGUGUGGUGGUGGAAGUGCCGUCGGAGGGAGCAGCGGAGGGACUGCCAGCCGUGGUUUACGCAACGUUUAUGCCGAAGUACUCCACUUCCAAUCAAUGUGCUCCUGUCUUUGGUAUAAGAGCAGAGAGAAGCUCCAGUACUCCAUUCCAAUGAUCAUCCCACGUGACCUGUCCACAUCAGACACCUACAUGGAGCAGGGAGAGGCUUUUUCCAACCCUCUUCACUCUAAUGGCUGCAUGUGCGGCUUGCAGCAUCACUCAGGCAUCAGCUCUGUAUCUACAGGUUUACACAGCAUUAAUACCUACAGAAGACUGAAUAAACGCAGAAGCUCUAUCUGAACAUUAGGACAACUAUGUUUUACAAUCUAUUUCUUUGUGGCACUAUGUGAGGUAGUACAACAACAAUUGUAAGGACAUGAAGGGAACACAACCCUAGUGUUGAAGAGAUUGAAUUUUAAUAAGCUGGGCUUUGUUUUAGAAUUGAAAAAUCUGGUGAUUUGGACUCCAGAUAUGGUACUUCCAUUUGCAGAGCACAUACAGUUUAGUAUCAAGAUUCACUUUGGAGCCUCAGAAAAAUGCAAGUUGUCAUUUCAAUAGUAUUUACUAGACACCCUCUAAAACUGUUGGGCCACUGCAAUAUCUUCACUCUGAAAUGAACAAUGUCUAAUUGUCAAAAAUGUUGAUAUGUAAGGCCUAAUCUAAACAAGAAGGAAAGCACUGUGAGACAUUUCUUCAAAGGAGAAUCUGAAGUUUGUCUAAGCCUAUUUUCUUUUUUCUUUAGUUUUUUUGGGUAAGAACCUCAUUUGAUGAGUAAAAAUAAGAUGUAUGUAUACUAUUAUGACACUUACACAAAAAAGUUUUUUUCUUUUUUUUCUGUGUGUACAUUUCCAAAGGUUAAGUUAAAGCCAAAUCUCAGUUCUCCUUCAUGAGAAAAGGUUACAUGGAAUCAUUUAGCUCACAAGUUUAGCAUUACUGUCCUGUAAGGCUGAUUUAUACUCAGAAACUAGGUCCUCUGCAUGUGUUUCGCAGUAAACGGGAAUGUGCCCCCGCCCCUUCUGCAGACAUUCUGAUGCACCUCUCCAAAAUUGUAGGUAACCGCAGACAGGAGGCCUCUGAUUGGUUAAAUCUACAUCUGCUCUACACUAUGUGUAUUUCCUGUUUUGUACCUUACCUGUAUUGUUUGUAUGACCAACAUUGUAAAAAAUGAGUCUUGAAGUUAGACCAGCUAGAAGAGCGAGGUGCGCGAGAACGCUGGGAACCUUUUUCCACUGGAUCCUCACUCUUUUUCGCCCUCAUGUCGCUCUGUUGUCGCACAAACUUGCCCCCACUUCCUCACCGCCUCGGUCGUAUCUAGACCCACAGCUAGUUCACGAUUGUCCCUCUUGCAUUGUGGUAUAGAAUAACAUAGCGCAGACCACGCUUCAAUAUUGGGCAUAAAACAGAAAUAUCUACAACAAGCUCACUGCGACACACUGCUUUGUCCACUUGUGAGAUUAUAACCAUGGUUGUCAUUACAUGUUAUUGGAAUUAAGUUACAUGUAAAAACAAAAUAAUUGCUUGUAGUUGUGUAGAUUCAGGAAAAUUACUAAUUUCUAAAAUUUAAAAAAUUGCGCUAUGCAUUUGUGUUCAGUCACCCUUAGUUAAUACUUCCUCCUAAGUGUGAAUGGAGAUGUAAGUCUUUCAAUAUAUGUCUCUUCUAGUUUUGCACAUUAAGAGUCUGAAACCUUUGCACAUUAUUCUUUGCAAAAUAUUUCAGGCACAAUCUGGUUGGUGGUUAAAUAUUUCUGAACAGAAAUUCUAAAGUCUUGCCACAGAAUUACAACUGGAUCUGGGUUUAGACUUUGAAUGGGCCAUUUAUACCAAUGACCAUAUUUUGGUCAAAACUAUUCCAUGGUAGUUCAUGGUGUAUGUUUAGGAUUGUAGUCAUGCUAAAACAUGAUCGCUAAGUCAAGGUCGGUCUUUUACUGCCACUUUUCAGUUUUUUACUACAUUUUUUGUAUCUUAUUCAGCUUCACCUUCAGCUUCAC